UCCACGGCGUUUUCCACAUCAUUACUACCUUUAUUCUAUGCUACUACUUCAUGAUUAGAGCCGGUAAGCUUUCCAUUGCACUAAAAAAGUGGUUACCAUGAAAACUAUAGUUGUCAAUCGCUUUAACGAUUAGGCCAGGCACUGAAAAACAUUUUCUUAGAUGUAAAUUAAUGACACCUGCUUAAGCCUUUUGUAAACGAGUAUAUAUAAUGAUAUAAACAAGCCGUUUAUUUGUAGCGCAGCAUACAGACGCACUUUCGUUCCCGUGUGGUGUACUCAUCGGUCGUGGACGAAGCACGAGAAUAAAACCGAUGAACAAAAAAAAACUGAAAUUUCGGUGGCUACGCUUGUCACUUUAUACGAGAAAUAAACAUCUGCAACACCCACCUUACCAUCGUAAAGAACAAAAUCAAUUAACAUCGGGGGAGAAAAAACUCGUUACUAGCGCCAUCUAAACUUAUCUACCACCAUGGGCGGCCGUGUCCUUUAGACUAGGUCUGUAUGUAUGGUAGGGCUUUGUAAUAGACGCUGUAGUGAGACAUUUUGCAUAGGUGAUCUGUGAUUUUACAAGUAGCUGUUUUAUUAUAUCUAUAUUAUAUUUAUAGUAAACUAUAAUUAUAUCCGCGGGAAACGUUGUUGGUGCUGAUAGUUUGUCGGUCGUAAACGAGCGUUCCUCGUGUGUCUCGAAACUUCGCCUGCACGACGAUCGGUGCCAAUUGGUACGAGACGAUGUUUGCAUGUGUACAGUACACAGAAGAUAAGGAGCGGGCAGCGCUGCCUGUGGCACUUAUAAGAGAUUUCGAGCCACAAAGCACAACUGCCUUCAAAAAGGACGACGUUGUCAUGGCGUAUUGGACGGACGAAGAUGGAAGAGGCGAGAACUUUUACCCGGCCAACGUCACUGCACUCGCGGACACCCUUAACGACCUUCUGUGCAAAUUGAAGAACUCGCGACACUCAUUUCCCAGAGUGAUAUUGGGAAAGCUGCACAAAGGCAACUUGGCUGAUGAAGGGCUCUCCAAGAGAGAAGAGAGGAAAAGGAAGCGAGAAGCUGCCAGGAAGGAACUUGGCAACAUACUUAAGGCGUUCAAGCAGUCGGAGAACUCGGAACUGUUUCAAGACUUUGAAGAUGAGAGCAAAGAAUCUGUUGAAAAUCACACUAAAAGCAAGAAAGAUAAAAGAGCUUCCCAUGAAAUUGAGUGGAAGAAGAUGGAAGCAAGAAUUGAGGACCUGGAGAAAGAACUACAAAAUAUAGAAGCUGAGAAAGAGGAGCUUACUCGGCUGUUGGAAGAGGAGCGAGAGAGGUCAAGAAGGCUGACGGAUGCCCUCCUCAACAAGAUUGGGCAUUGAAUGAGAACGUGCAGGACUGUGAGGUUUUGGCCGCACUUACUACAAGUCGGAGGAUACCCCCCAGUCAAGAGGUAAGAGUGGGUGCCGUAAGUGUGUCCUAUUCUUAAUCGACAAAGGAGCACUUCGUGAUAUCGUGAUGUUCUCUCUGAUACCCAAUAUCCUAAUUUGGGUUUUAUCAAGUGCAGUUUAUUUGAUAUCUGAGCAUUCCACUGUUGCUGCCAGUGUAUUUUCAGCUUGUGACGCAAGUAUGCUUUAAGAUCUGUGGCUGGGAUGGGUAUGUUUAUAUCCGUGUCACUAAAAGCUACUGAAGUAGCUUUCUCGUCAGCAGCUUCGUUGCCUUUUAUACCACAGUGGCCAGGUACCCAGCAUAGGAUGAUCGUUUGUCUAGUACUAUAAGCUGAGCACAGCAAUGUAUACAGUUCAUUAAAGACAGUGUUUUUAUGUAUACGUACAUUCAUUAGGGCUCGGACUACACUCAAUGAGUCUGUGUACACAAUAGCCCUAGUAAGAUUGGUUUGCUUGAUGUGCUUUAUUGCAGAGAGUAUUGCAUACGCUUCCGCUGUAAAAAUACAUGUAUGUGGGUUCAAUGUACCGGAUAUUAAAAAUGCUGGUCCUAGUGCUGCGUAGGCAACACCAGAAGGGGACUUAGAGGCAUCUGUGUAGAAUUCAGCAAAAGAAUAUUUCUCCUGAAGCUCAAGAAAAUGUGACCGUAUGUGUGCCUCAGGCGCUCGUUUUGAUAUUUCUGCAAACGAGACGUCACACUCGAUAGUCUUCCACUCCCAAGGCGGUGGAAGCCGCGUAGUUGCCAUUAUGACAUUCUCU